GAGAAUUAUACGAUUUUUAAUCCAAUAGUUUUUAAAUAUUGAUUCAACGAUAGGGAGUUAAAAGACUUUCAUCGUUAUAUAUGUGGCGCCAACAAUGAUUUCAUUUGGGCGGCGUAAAUCGCCGGCGAUUGAAGAAACUUCACUCGCGACUUCAGUCAUGGAGGCAUGGAGGUUACCGUUAUCGCCUUCGAUUAGAGGAAAACUGAUAUCGGCCGGUUAUACUUGUCUGUCUUCGAUUGCUUCCGUCUCUUCUUCUGAUCUCGCUCGAGAUGCAAAUAUCACAGAGGAGGAAGCAUUUGAGAUUUUGAAGCUGGCUAAUCAAAGUUGUUGCAAUGGAAGCCGUUCACUCAUAAAUGGAGCAAAGAACGCUUGGGAUAUGCUUCACGAGGAGGAGUCUUUGCCGCGUAUUACUACAUCUUGCUCUGAUCUUGAUAACAUUUUGGGCGGUGGAAUUAGCUGUAGGGAUGUUACAGAGAUUGGUGGGGUACCAGGGAUUGGCAAGACUCAGAUUGGGAUCCAGCUCUCUGUGAAUGUUCAGAUUCCACGUGAGUGUGGUGGUCUUGGAGGGAAAGCUAUAUAUAUCGAUACAGAAGGUAGCUUCAUGGUGGAGCGUGCUUUACAGAUAGCAGAAGCUUGUGUAGAGGACAUGGAAGAAUACACAGGAUACAUGCAUAAACAUUUUCAAGCAAAUCAAGUACAAAUGAAACCAGAAGAUAUCUUAGAGAACAUAUUCUACUUCCGUGUCUGCAGUUACACCGAGCAAAUCGCAUUGGUCAAUCAUCUUGAAAAGUUCAUCUCUGAAAACAAAGAUGUUAAAGUUGUAAUCGUAGACAGUAUCACCUUUCAUUUCCGUCAGGACUAUGAUGACUUAGCCCAGAGGACACGAGUGCUCAGCGAAAUGGCUUUAAAGUUCAUGAAGCUUGCCAAAAAGUUCUCACUUGCGGUCGUGUUACUAAACCAGGUGACCACAAAGUUUAGUGAAGGCUCGUUUCAACUAGCGCUUGCUUUAGGCGAUAGCUGGUCUCAUUCGUGCACCAACCGAGUCAUUCUGUAUUGGAAUGGUGAUGAGCGUUACGCAUAUAUCGAUAAGUCCCCUUCACUUCCUUCAGCUUCGGCUUCAUACACUGUAACCAGUAGAGGUCUAAGAAACUCAUCCUCGAGUAGCAAGCGAGUCAAGAUGAUGUAAUGACACACCACGACACAGUCACAAGGACAUGAGUAAGCUUUCUCCGGUUUAGUUUUGGUUCAGUUCUUGAUUCCAUUAAACUGCAUGAGUUUUUUUCGGCCCAAUUGUUUCAUAAAGCCCAAAUGGGCAAAUAUUCGGUACAAAAGAAGGUCAUAAGAAGGCCCACUAAUUGCAAACAUAACAAGAAAAAAUGAGCAAAAUAAAGACACGUGCUAUGCAACGUGGGAUGUUGAGAGAAAAAAAGGUUUCGUCAGCUACGCCGUCACCGACUGGGUCAAUACCGGAGUUGGUGAAUUGGUGACUAAAAUGUAUUUCCUAAAUCUAAAGCAAUUUUGCCCCCAAAAAAAAAAAAAAUCUAAAGUAAUUAGGUUCUUCACCAACCCUUGUCAUAACCAUGGCUUUUGCUUAACACACCAACCAUGCCGCAU